AUGCUGCCACCGGUUUACACGUCCCACCAUCGGCCAAAACAAAGUCAAAAUCGCCAAGUUGAGUUAAGUCCCGUCCGAAUACAAGUCAAAGCGGGCUUUGGCGGGGUCCAACAGACUGUCAAUCUACGUGAGCCCAAGGCUAGUGUGACGCAGAUCAAACCCAGCAGCGCGGUGUGCCGUGUCAGGGCCCCUGGCAAAGUGAUGGCUGUAUGCCUGGAGGCUCGUUCAGGGUCCAGUUUUCUCUCCUGUAGUUCCCCGAUAUUUCAGCUGCGGUUUACUAUACAGACUUGA